GUCCAAUUUGCUAGCUCAAAUCAAACUAAACUUACAACAUGUUCAAGCUGUCCGCCCUCGUUGUCCUGUGCGCCCUGGUGGCCUCCUCCGUGGCUGAGCCCAAGCCAGCUGUCCUGGCCGCCGCCCCAGUGGUUGCUGCUCCGGCUGGAGUGGUCACCGCCACCAGCUCCCAGUACGUGGCCCGCAACUUCAACGGCGUGGCUGCUGCUCCAGUUGUUGCCGCUGCCUAUACCGCUCCAGUUGCCGCCGCCUAUACCGCUCCCGUUGCCGCUGCCUAUACCGCUCCGGUUGCCGCCGCCUACUCCGCUCCCGUGGCCGCCGCCUACUCCGCCUACCCCUAUGCCGCCUACCCUUACGCCGCCGGUUACACCACCGUUUUGUAAGAGGGAUUAGCAUGGACUCGGAAUUGAUACGAAAUGGACUAAAAAUUCACUUGGCUGGAAAUAAAACGAAAUCAAACUAAA